AUGGAAAAUAUCGAUGGGGAAGCUACUUGGAAGUCGCAGUCGGGUCCAGUGGCAUCCAAGUCAGUCCGGCACCCCGUGAUCACCUACAGCUGCACCAUCAAGGCGUGCAGCAAUUGCAGCUUGUGGCAGCUGGGAGUACAGCUUUUGCGCCUGAUGAAGGAGCGGGACGUACCUCCAGACACGAUUUGCUUCAACAGCGCGUUAAGCUCCAGAGGUUCCAGAGCCGAGCCUCUGCUGCCUCCUAAGGAGGAUUUCAACUCGUCAUGGUGGCAGCGCUCGGUGAGCUUGCUUGAUGCUAUGGUCGUUGCAGGCCGAGCGGGUCCGGAUGCAGUCAGUUUCAGCACGACAGUUCUCCACUGUGACGAGGCAUCGGCUUGGAGCUCUGCGGUGGCUUUGCUCCGUUGUGCCCGGCCCCUCCGCGUGAAACCUGACCUGCGCGCAGACGAGGCCUGGCGGUGGGCCUUGCAGCUGGUCGCUUGGUUGAAUCAGAUCAUUUGCAGCUGUAAGAGCUCAGAGCCUUGGCACGUGGCCCUGGAGCUCUUGAGCAUACUGCGCAUCGCACGGGUGGCAAUGGAUCCCAGCGUCUGGGCUGGCUCCGACGCGAUGCUCAGCUCAUUGGAGAGGGGCCAUUGGCAGGCGGCACUGCUGAUGAGGACUUCCACUGCGACGCACUCUCCAGACCCAGCAGUUCCGUGGGGCGCCGCGCUGGGUCUGCUGUCGGGAAUCCGAGCGAGCAGGGCACACCCAACAGAACACAGUUUCAACGCUGCCAUCAGUGCCUGCGAAGCUUCGGCACAUUGGCAGCUUGCCUCUCAAUUGUUGGCGAUGAUGGCAAGCUUUGUGGCGAUCCCUGGCACAAUCAGCUACAAUGCCACAAUCUCGGUGUGCGAGAAAGCCUGGAGAUGGGAGUAUGCUUUGCACCUCUUCUCACAGAUGGAGUCGGUGCAGGUGUUUCGCGAUGUGAUCACCUACAGCGCAGCCAUUAGUGCGUGCGCGAAUGGUGCACAGUGGUUCCCUUCUUUGGCUUUGCUCGCGCAGAUGGAGCAUCAAGAAGUUCUGCCCACAGACUUCACCUACAACGCAUUGAUCACGGCCUGCGGCCGCGCGGGCCACUGGGAGCUGGCAUUGUGGUUCCUGCACAGGCAAUCCGUGGACCAGAUGCCGCUGGAGGUCAUCAGCUACAAUGCCGCCAUCAGCGCCUGUCAGAAGGCUUCGCAGUGGGCCAAGGGUCUGUACCUUCUCGCAUGCAUGACCCUCCUUGAAGUGGAGCCGAACGAGAUCAGCUUUACUGCAGCCGUCAGUGCCUGUGAGCAAGCCUGCCGAGAUGCAGCUCCAGAUUGA